GAGAGAGGAGUUGAAAGACCCCCCUCGAGAGACACCGAACAGAGACUGACUCAGACUCUCUCUCUCUCUGUUACAUCACAAGGAUUUGAUGCCCCUCAGCCUGUUCACUUCUGUGUGUUCAUGUUUCCCACAGGUUUCUCUUCCCCCAACCCCCCAGCUGCAGCCCAGGAGGUCAGACCUGCCACUGAUGGUAAUACCAGCAGCAGCUCCUCCUGCAAGAAGAGAAAGUUAAAUAACAGCAGCAACAGCAAUUCUGAAAGAGAAGAAUUCGAUUCCAUUUCUUCCUGCGCCUCUUCUCCUUCCAAGAACACCUCCUCAUCGUCUUCCUCCGUCAUCUCCACCUCCUCGUGCUCCUCCUCAGGGGUUGCCUCCUCUAACCAUCACCUCCAGAAGAAGCUGCGCUUUGAGGACUCCGUGGAUUUUAUUGGACUCGAUGUGAAGAUGGCUGAAGAGUCCUCUUCAUCCUCCUCUCCUGCUGCCUCUUCUCAACAGCAGCACCAACAACAGCUCAAAAAUAAAAGCCUUUUAAUUUCGUCAGUGGCUGUGGGGCACCAUGCAAAUGGCCUGACCAAAGCUGCCUCCUCUACUGUUUCCAGUUUCGCCAACAGUAAACCUGGCUCCGCUAAGAAAUUAGUGAUCAAGAACUUUAAAGAUAAACCCAAAUUGCCUGAAAACUACACAGAUGAAACCUGGCAAAAACUGAAAGAAGCUGUAGAAGCUAUCCAGAACAGUACUUCAAUUAAGUACAAUUUAGAGGAGCUCUAUCAGGCUGUUGAAAAUCUCUGCUCCUACAAGAUCUCUGCAAACUUGUACAAACAAUUGAGACAGAUCUGUGAAGACCACAUUAAAGCACAAAUUCACCAAUUCAGAGAGGAUUCAUUGGACAGUGUCCUUUUUCUAAAGAAAAUAGACAAAUGUUGGCAAGAUCACUGCAGACAAAUGAUUAUGAUUAGAAGUAUCUUUUUGUUCUUGGACCGAACUUACGUACUUCAGAAUUCAAUGCUGCCAUCUAUUUGGGAUAUGGGUCUAGAGUUGUUCAGAACUCAUAUAAUCAGUGAUCAGAAAGUUCAGAACAAAACUAUUGAUGGCAUUCUUCUGCUGAUUGAGCGGGAAAGAAAUGGUGAGGCUAUUGAUAGGAGUUUACUGCGGAGCCUUCUAAGCAUGCUUUCUGACUUACAGAUUUAUCAAGACUCUUUCGAACAUAGAUUCUUGGAAGAGACUAACCGUCUGUAUGCAGCAGAGGGACAGAGGCUUAUGCAGGAACGAGAGGUUCCCGAAUAUCUUCACCAUGUCAACAAGCGCUUGGAAGAAGAAGCAGACAGGAUAAUCACUUAUUUAGAUCAGAGCACACAGAAGCCACUAAUUGCUACUGUAGAAAAGCAACUUCUAGGUGAACAUUUAACAGCCAUUCUUCAGAAAGGUUUAAACCACCUUCUUGAUGAAAACCGAAUUCAAGACUUGUCUCUUCUGUAUCAGUUGUUCAGCCGUGUGAGAGGCGGAGUACAGGUUCUCUUGCAACACUGGAUUGAGUACAUAAAGGCAUUUGGUAGCACCAUAGUAAUUAAUCCAGAAAAAGAUAAAACCAUGGUCCAAGAACUGCUUGAUUUUAAAGACAAAGUUGACCAUAUUAUUGAUGUUUGCUUUCUCAAGAAUGAGAAGUUUGUAAAUGCCAUGAAAGAAGCCUUUGAAACAUUCAUUAACAAAAGACCAAAUAAGCCAGCUGAACUCAUAGCUAAAUAUGUAGAUUCAAAGCUUCGUGCAGGCAACAAAGAAGCUACUGAUGAAGAACUUGAAAAAAUGCUGGAUAAAAUUAUGAUCAUAUUUAGAUUCAUAUAUGGAAAAGAUGUCUUUGAGGCCUUUUAUAAAAAAGAUCUAGCAAAGAGACUAUUAGUUGGGAAGAGUGCAUCAGUAGAUGCUGAAAAAUCUAUGCUUUCCAAACUCAAACAUGAAUGUGGAGCUGCUUUCACCAGCAAACUUGAAGGAAUGUUUAAAGAUAUGGAGCUUUCAAAAGACAUAAUGAUUCAGUUUAAACAGUAUAUGCAAAAUCAGAAUGUCCCUGGCAACAUUGAACUGACAGUGAAUAUUCUGACUAUGGGUUACUGGCCAACCUACGUGCCUAUGGAGGUCCAUUUGCCCCCUGAGAUGGUAAAACUGCAGGAGAUUUUCAAGACCUUUUAUUUAGGAAAGCACAGUGGUAGGAAACUUCAGUGGCAGUCAACAUUAGGACACUGUGUACUAAAAGCAGAAUUUAAAGAGGGCAAAAAAGAACUUCAGGUCUCCUUAUUCCAGACACUGGUGCUGCUCAUGUUUAAUGAAGGAGAGGAGUUCAGUUUAGAGGAGAUAAAGCAAGCUACUGGGAUAGAGGACGGAGAGCUGAGAAGGACACUUCAAUCUCUGGCUUGUGGCAAAGCCAGAGUACUGACUAAAAGCCCCAAAGGCAAAGAUGUGGAAGACGGUGAUAAAUUCACAUGUAAUGAUGAUUUCAGACAUAAGCUCUUCAGGAUAAAGAUCAACCAAAUUCAGAUGAAAGAAACGGUAGAGGAACAGGCAAGCACUACAGAGAGAGUAUUCCAAGACAGGCAAUACCAGAUCGACGCUGCAAUUGUACGAAUCAUGAAGAUGCGCAAGACGCUGAGUCAUAACCUGCUGGUGUCGGAGGUCUACAACCAGCUUAAAUUCCCAGUAAAGCCUGCUGAUCUUAAGAAGAGAAUAGAAUCCUUAAUUGACAGGGACUACAUGGAAAGAGAUAAAGAAAACCCCAAUCAGUACAACUAUAUUGCAUAAACAUAUGUUGGCCUUUGUUUUACUGCACACCUGGUGUCAUACACAGUUGCCAGUGGAUAAACUAGCCUGUUGAUCCUGUUAAUUGACUUUUUAUACUACCGAUGAUUGAAUGAAAGCAGUGUAAUGGAAAAGUAUAGUAGAGUGGACUUCUUUCAGUGGUUAACAUGCCCAUUUAAAGAGUACUAUUUACAUUUUAAGAAGAAUGCUGUUGAACUCUUUGCAUGUUAUUUAGUAAGAUGUGCAGAAAGCUGAAAGAAAGUACCUGGUCUUUGUGAUUCCAUUUGUCUCUGGGUCUGAAGAGGAGUCCCU